ACGACCCCGCCCUCUCCGCGGAGCUGUCAGACCGGCUUUGAACUGUGAUUCGAUCCCACGGAAGUGCACAUUACACGAUACCGUACAGCUUCUUGCGUUCUUUUUUUCAACAAGGGAUACACUCAUACCAAAGCAAUGGCGACGGAAGCUAUCACCGGUCCCGAAGCGAUCGUGGAAUCUCCUCCUGCCACGGAGAACCAUGUGGUGCCCGAAACGAAGCCUGCGGCCGUCUCGCACGAGUCCGCCCCGGAGACGAAACCGGAGGAACCAGCCGUUAAGCCUGAAGAAACCGUCCCCGAGUCUUCCAGCACCACCGAGUCCGCGAAAGACUCCGAAUCUUCCGGCAAGACCGAAUCGCAGGAGACGGAGCCGCAGAGCGACAAGCCAGAAAGUCAGCAGGCGGAACCCGCCGCGUCAGAGCCUCCAAAGUCUGACAUCGCCGCCAGCCAGCCGUCGCCUGACGCGAAUCCCACACCAGCCAGCACCGAAGUGAAGACUUCGACCGUUGAAGCCGUAGAACCAAGCAAUCAACCCACAGAGCAGACAGAGGCUCCUGCCGUGGCACCGACAGACGAAAGCAAGGAUUCCAGCACUGUACCAGCGGAAACAAGCAAGCCCGAAGCCGAUGCCACGAUGGAGAGCUCCAAGGCGGCGGCAACCGCUGACGAGGUCGCCGACAAGUUAAAGGACCUCAAAGUCAAGGACGACUCCGAACACAAGACUGCUGACGAGUCCAAGCCGUCGGAGACCAGUGAGAAACCCGCCGAGUCUGCAGAGGCUGCCGCGCAAGGCGACGCGCAGGCGACGGCGCCUGUAGAGAAGCCCGCCGCCGCAGUCGAUGAAAAAGGAAAGAAGCGGCGUUGCGUCAUAGCUUAGGUUAAUAUAGGUUACGUAUUCGCUAUUUAUAUGAACGUCCUUUUUACAAACUGUUCUUCAAUAAACCUUUUUACACACAGCC